AUGGACAAGAAAUUCGAAACCGAGAAAGUGAAGAGAUUCGCUUUCUUCGGAAUCGCAGUCUCCACUGUGUCUACCCUCACCGCCAUCGUUGCCGUUCCAAUGCUCUGCUUGUACCUUCAAUCCGUGUCUUCUUCCCUUCAAGACGAAGUCAACUUCUGCCGUGUCCGCGCCACUUCCCUCGAGGGAGAGCUUGCUAAGCUCAACGUGGUCCGUGCUCCAAGAAAGGCUCGUGCUGCGGAGGGAACCUGCUGCUCUUGCGGAGUCGGACAAGCUGGACCACCAGGACCACCAGGAUUCGACGGACACCCAGGAAAGGACGGAUCCAACGGACGUCCAGGACAACCUGGAGAGGAUGCUGAUGGCGAGGACUACAAGCCAGAUGCCUCUCAAUUCUGCUUCGACUGCCCAGAAGCCCCAGCUGGACCACCAGGACGUCCAGGACCAGAUGGAGACAACGGAAGCGCCGGAGAACCAGGACGCGACGGACUCGCUGGACGCCCAGGAGCCCGCGGAGGACCAGGACCACGUGGACCAGCCGGAAACCCAGGAUCUGACGGACCAGCUGGACCAAUUGGACCACAAGGAGGAUCCAACGUCGUUCCAUCGCCAGCCGGAGAGCCAGGAUCACCAGGAGCCCCAGGACCACAAGGACCACCAGGAGCCGCCGGACGACCAGGACGUGACGGACAGCCAGGAGCACCAGGAGAGCAAGGAGAGAACGGUCCAGACGGAGCCCCAGGAAAGCCAGGAUCCGACGGACAGCCAGGAGCUCCAGGAAACGAGGGAGCCCGCGGAGGUUGCGACCACUGCCCACCACCAAGAACUGCUCCAGGAUAUUAA